AUGUCUAGGGGGUUUAUAGGUUACAGGUGUGUUGAACUUCACUUCGUUACUAGGUUUAUAGGUUACAGGUGUGUUGAACUUCACUUCGUUGCACUUCGUUACGUUCAACUGUUUAUAGAUUACAGUAGGUUCAUAGGUUACAGGUGUGUUGAACUUCACUUCGUUGCACUUCGUUACGUUCAACUGUUUAUAGAUUACAGUAGGUUUAUAGGUUACAGGUGUGUUGAACUUCACUUCGUUGCACUUCGUUACGUUCAACUGUUUAUAGAUUACAGUAGGUUUAUAGGUUACAGGUGUGUUGAACUUCACUUCGUUGCACUUCGUUACGUUCAACUGUUUAAAGAUUACAGUGGGUUUAUAGGUUACAGGUGUGUUGAACUCCACUUCGUUGCACUUCGUUACGUUCAACUGUUUAUAGAUUACAGUAGGUUCAUAGGUUACUGGUGUGUUGAACUCCACUUCGUUGCACUUCGUUACGUUCAACUAUUUAUAGAUUACAGUAGGUUUAUAGGUUACAGGUGUGUUGAACUUCACUUCGUUGCACUUCGUUACGUUCAACUGUUUAAAGAUUACAGUGGGUUUAUAGGUUACAGGUGUGUUGAACUUCACUUCGUUGCACUUCGUUACGUUCAACUGUUUAUAGAUUACAGUAGGUUCAUAGGUUACUGGUGUGUUGAACUCCACUUCGUUGCACUUCGUUACGUUCAACUGUUUAUAGAUUACAGUAGGUUCAUAGGUUACUGGUGUGUUGAACUCCACUUCGUUUCACUCCGUUACGUUCAACUGUUUAUAAAUUACCAGUUUUCAAUGGGAAAUUAG